CCUCCUGAAAUUAGGAUUUAUCAUUUACGUAAUGGUCUUAGGCUCUAAAUUGGAAGAAGGCCAAUUGAUAAAAUUUUUGAAUUGUAGUGAAAUAAAAUGACAAGAUUUCCACAUCACAUCUUAGUUUAAGAGAAACUGAGAUAGAAAAUGUCAAAAGUCGAUAGACUCAUCUACAAAGUGUUUUUUGAGAAACGCUUUGAGGAUUUGUUUCUAGAAGUUAGUGACUCAGUCAAACAAGAGUUUUUCCGCUAGCGGUAACGGUCUAUUGUUUUUAAAUGGUAAAAAAAAAAAAAAAAAAAAAAAAGUCUUCCAUCUCCUGAAGAAACCGCGGAUCAAUAGUUGCCAGGAAUUUUCCUAUGAAGUCCAUUCCUUCUCUCUUUGUUUUUAUGAAGUUACCCUCAUUGUUGUGAAACCCCUCCAAUGGUCCCUCCCUCACAGUUUUUGUCACAUUGAUUAAUGAUUAAUCUUCCAUUUCCUUUUGGGUUAUUUGAUGGCAUCCAUUGCACCGCGUUCUUCUGAUCCGAAUUCCAUCUCUUCGCUCUUUCCAGCAGCCAAGUCUGAGUCUGGUAGUGAUAUUUCAUUAUCUAAUCAAACGCCUUUAAACUUCUCUCCUUCCAUAUCAUUCUUCUUUCCACCAUACAACUCUCUGUCAAGUUCUGUAUCUUCUCAAACCAAACACUACUCUCCUUAUUCCAUACCAUCAAUUUUUCCACCCACACAGUCUCAGCCAAAUUCAUUAACUAGUGAAAGACCAUUUCACGAAUUAGCUCAUUCCAUACCCUCAAUCUUCCGGCCAAACUAUUCCUAUUCGCCUCCAAAUGAAUCAACCCGGUAUCACCAUGAUCAGAAUACAUCAAACAAAAGCAAGUUGAGGCAUGAUGAGCCUAAUAUACCUCGCUGGCAACCAAUUAAAUUUCACAUCUCUGACAAAGAGGACGAGAGGAAAUUCCCACAAGAGGUUGAAGCAGUGUUCAAGAAGGCCUGCCGCGAGAGGUGGACCUACGCUAUCUACUGGGAGUUAGACUGGCCAUCCUCUCCUUGGUCGCGCACUUUCAGUGCUGCAAAAGGGUUCUACAAUGUGGACGAGGAUGAUCAAAAGUUUAAAGACAAGGCUGUCUCGUUCUUCCAGCUCAGGAGAUCAUGGCCAGGCAGCAUCAUACAUAAACUUUUCAGCACUUCGAGUUCAAAGCCCCUUUGGCUUGUUGGCGACACCCUGCUAAAGUCGAGGCAUUACCGGGCUCAACAGGGCCGGAAGGCUGGACUCCAGACCAUGUCUUGGAUACGCGUAGCGCAUGGUGUCAUGGAAUUCGGCUCAACAAAGGUAAUUCACCAGUUCAACAGGAAAAAAGGUCGUGUGUUCCCACAGCGACACGCACAAAAUGUGGACCUCACCAAUACCAUAAGAGUCAUGUCUUGGAUACGUGCGCUGCGCUGCGUCAAGGAAGUAAAUCAGGCCUGCACUCAGUCAGAUUUAUUUCCUAUCGAAAACCAUGCAGAUGCAGAGAUUGCCGAGCUGGUAUUAGAACGACUAGAUUGUGUGAGAAAUAUAAGCUGGAAUCCAGACCAUGUCUUAGAUACGCUUAGCACACAGUGCCAUGGAAUUCGGCUCAACAGAACUAAUUGACUGUCUCAACAAGGCCAUGGGAAUCAUGUCUUGGAUACACUCAAGAUUUAUUGACUAAAGUUGGAUAAGUCCGUGGUUUGUAUUUUCAAGUACCUGAAAAUUAAGAAAAUGUCAUAAUGAAACAUGGAGCACCAGUACACAUUAACUAUCAGAGUUUAGAUUCACAAGGUUUGCACUCAUCAAAGUUCUGCUUUAAUCCUGACUGUUCCACGCCUGUUUUGGGCGACCUUUUGAUGCUAUACUUAGCAUGUGUGUCCUAACAAUAGUAGUAAGUUACAGAACUGAAUUGUCUUUUGAAGAUCUCAUUGACUAUGGAGAGAUUGUAAUAUUUGUAGAUUCCACCUCUGCUGUGAAGCAGGGAUUUUUAGUUACAAUGUUGAGAAAUGUCACCACAGAAAAAUUCUGGAAUACCAAUGAGAGUUGAAGCUGGUA